CUGCAAAGAAGACCCACAUUGCAAGCUAUCAGAGAUCCACCUCAUCAACAACGAUGACGCAACAGUGAAGGUGUUCGCGGAUGAAUUGAGAAGGAGAUUUAGAACAGAGAGGAAUUUUACCGAUCUGAAGAGUAGCAAACCUGCAACCUCUGUGGCUGGAAUUGUUAGUAGAGCAAAGGGAAUGGCAAUGAUGGGGCCUCCGAGAUCCUUGAUAACUCAAGGAAUUCGUAUCACAGUGAAAAGCAGCGACCUGGCCAAAGAACAGGCGGACAUUUUAGUUGGUACAGCGGCAUCGAAUCUUAACUUGACGCAGAAUCCUUGUGCAAGGGCCCUAAGCCAAGCUGCUGGACCAAGCUUACAACAGGAAUGUACCAAUAUAGGCCAUGUGGCUGUCGGCGACAUUGCUGUAAACACCCAGCGGGGAAAUCUCCAGUGCAAGGCAGUCAUCUUUGCCAUCUGCUCUGAGUGGGACAAUGGAAAGGGCAAAAAAGUUUUGAAGAGGUUAGUCACAAAAUGCCUUCAAGAAGCUACGAGCAGGGGAAUGACUACCAUUGCAUUUCCUGCAAUUGGGACUGGCACGCUUCAAUUUCCUCGUGCUGAUGUUGCCGCGAUUUAUUUUGACGAGGUUAUAUCGUUCAACCAGAAGAAUCCUGCUACUUCACUCAAAGAAGUCAGGUUUGUUCUAUACGAUCAAGAUCAUCCGACGGUCCAGGCUUUCGAAGCAGAGUUGAAACAAAGGAACGAGAAAAACACCCCCAUUCUGGUUGGAAUGAAAGCACAUUCAGUUAAAAAACCGCAUCUAAGGGCCACUACAGAGCGUUCCAAGGCAUCUUCAUCUCAGACCGCCACCUUUUCUCCAGUACGAGAGCGAAACCCAGAUCACCUUGAAACAAACGUGGGAACACUGUGCUUCAAAGUCCAACCUGGCGACAUCACAAAAGAGGACACAGACGCCAUCGUCAUCAUAUCUAACCCUGAGCUAGAUCUGAGGAGGGGAGGUGCAGGUGCAGCGAUUUUAAGGUCAGGAGGCGGUUCCAUUCAGAGAGAGUGCUCUAAACAAGGCCCUCAACCUCCAGGAUCUGUCGUUGUUACAAGAGCAGGUCAUUUGAGAGCAGGAUACAUUUUCCAUAUAGUCCCUUCAGCUUCCACUGACACUAGAAGCAUCAAAGCCUCGGUAAUGAAGUGUCUUCAGGAAGCCGAGAAAAGGCGCUUUACAUCCAUUUCAUUCCCUGCCAUUGGAACUGGUAACCUUGGAGUUUCUGCGAAGUCAUGCGCCGACGCAAUGCUCUCCGCGAUUCGUGGCUUCAGUGACAAGCAACCCACGUCCUUGCAGCUUAUUAAGAUGAUUGUUUUCCAAACAGACAUGAUGAAAGAAGUCCGUUUGGCAAUAAAAGAAGCGUCUGGGGAAACGACCACUGAGAAACGUGGAAUCUUCCGCCGAGUUUUUUCAACGUUUGGAGGUUUUCUUGGUUUAGGAGAUUCAGAUAAAGAUGCCUCAACUGGAAAAAUCCCCGUAAAUGGUUACAACAAAGAUCUUGACCUUGUGAUCUUUGCUGGUAGUAGAGGAGACCUACAAGGAGCGAUGAACGAAAUCAAUGAAGUUAUGAAAGAGAAGUCAACAAAGCGGGUUAUUGAAAACGAAGCAAUCAAAUUAUUUUCGAAAGGACAUUUUCGAAAAAUAAACACACUUGAACAACGAUACGAUGUUUCAGUAUCGGUGGAGAAAAUGGUGGAACGCAUUGUAGUGCAAGGACAAAGUGACGAUAUCCUUAACGUCGUGGGAGAGAUCCACGAAAUGUUGCAUCAAAUACGAGAAGAAGAGCACGAACGUAAGCGAGCAGAGGCGCUUUCGAAAGAUAUCCAGUGGAUGUAUCAUGAUGGCACUAACUUCGUUCGUUACGAAAGCCACGUAAACGCCAAGAUUGAGCUGGCCCAUCACGAUAAGAAAAACACAGUGAUACUUACUUCAGAGGAGGGAGACGAUUACAUAGUUGACUUAACCACAAUGCGGGUGAAAGACCCAUAUGGCACCAUCAUCACCGAAGUUAAAAGAGUUGAUCGAAAAAGUGUUCAAGUACCAGAUCACUGGACUCCUCAACCAAAGGAUCCACAAGGUAAUGAAACGACCGUACAUCUUUGUCAACUGGAUCCUUCAAGAGAUGUGCAAGAAUACCAAAACGUCCAGGCUAGAUUCCAGAAUACGUGCAGUAACCAAAUUGUAAAGAUUGAGCGAGUGCAAAAUCCAGUUCUGUAUAGAACGUAUGCAAUUCGAAAGCAGAAAAUGGACGAGGGAAAAGGCAGCAAUGAGCAAUGGCUUUUUCACGGAACUCCAGGCAGUAACUGUCAACUUAUAAAUCAUACAGGUUUCAACAGAAGCUUUCAUGGAAAAAACGCGACCAUGUAUGGAAAUGGAGUUUACUUUGCAUUGGAUGCCUCCUACUCUGCCAGGUCCACGUACUCACCGCCAGAUGCUAACGGAUGGCGAUAUAUGUACUUCACUAGAGUCCUGGCUGGUGAGUACACAGUUGGAAGACAGGGCCUUCUUACGCCUCCUGCAAAGAACCCCAGCGAUCCCACAGACAUCUUUGAUAGCGUGGUGGAUCAGAAUCCUAACCCGCGAAUCUUUGUCGUGUUUUACGACUGGCAAUGUUAUCCCGAGUACCUAAUCACUUUUCAGUCGUUCAACCAGAAGAAUCCUGCUACUUCACUCAAAGAAGUCAGGUUUGUUCUAUACGAUCAAGAUCAUCCGACGGUCCAGGCUUUCGAAGCAGAGUUGAAACAAAGGAACGAGAAAAACACCCCCAUUCUGGUUGGAAUGAAAGCACAUUCAGUUAAAAAACCGCAUCUAAGGGCCACUACAGAGCGUUCCAAGGCAUCUUCAUCUCAGACCGCCACCUUUUCUCCAGUACGAGAGCGAAACCCAGAUCACCUUGAAACAAACGUGGGAACACUGUGCUUCAAAGUCCAACCUGGCGACAUCACAAAAGAGGACACAGACGCCAUCGUCAUCAUAUCUAACCCUGAGCUAGAUCUGAGGAGGGGAGGUGCAGGUGCAGCGAUUUUAAGGUCAGGAGGCGGUUCCAUUCAGAGAGAGUGCUCUAAACAAGGCCCUCAACCUCCAGGAUCUGUCGUUGUUACAAGAGCAGGUCAUUUGAGAGCAGGAUACAUUUUCCAUAUAGUCCCUUCAGCUUCCACUGACACUAGAAGCAUCAAAGCCUCGGUAAUGAAGUGUCUUCAGGAAGCCGAGAAAAGGCGCUUUACAUCCAUUUCAUUCCCUGCCAUUGGAACUGGUAACCUUGGAGUUUCUGCGAAGUCAUGCGCCGACGCAAUGCUCUCCGCGAUUCGUGGCUUCAGUGACAAGCAACCCACGUCCUUGCAGCUUAUUAAGAUGAUUGUUUUCCAAACAGACAUGAUGAAAGAAGUCCGUUUGGCAAUAAAAGAAGCGUCUGGGGAAACGACCACUGAGAAACGUGGAAUCUUCCGCCGAGUUUUUUCAACGUUUGGAGGUUUUCUUGGUUUAGGAGAUUCAGAUAAAGAUGCCUCAACUGGAAAAAUCCCCGUAAAUGGUUACAACAAAGAUCUUGACCUUGUGAUCUUUGCUGGUAGUAGAGGAGACCUACAAGGAGCGAUGAACGAAAUCAAUGAAGUUAUGAAAGAGAAGUCAACAAAGCGGGUUAUUGAAAACGAAGCAAUCAAAUUAUUUUCGAAAGGACAUUUUCGAAAAAUAAACACACUUGAACAACGAUACGAUGUUUCAGUAUCGGUGGAGAAAAUGGUGGAACGCAUUGUAGUGCAAGGACAAAGUGACGAUAUCCUUAACGUCGUGGGAGAGAUCCACGAAAUGUUGCAUCAAAUACGAGAAGAAGAGCACGAACGUAAGCGAGCAGAGGCGCUUUCGAAAGAUAUCCAGUGGAUGUAUCAUGAUGGCACUAACUUCGUUCGUUACGAAAGCCACGUAAACGCCAAGAUUGAGCUGGCCCAUCACGAUAAGAAAAACACAGUGAUACUUACUUCAGAGGAGGGAGACGAUUACAUAGUUGACUUAACCACAAUGCGGGUGAAAGACCCAUAUGGCACCAUCAUCACCGAAGUUAAAAGAGUUGAUCGAAAAAGUGUUCAAGUACCAGAUCACUGGACUCCUCAACCAAAGGAUCCACAAGGUAAUGAAACGACCGUACAUCUUUGUCAACUGGAUCCUUCAAGAGAUGUGCAAGAAUACCAAAACGUCCAGGCUAGAUUCCAGAAUACGUGCAGUAACCAAAUUGUAAAGAUUGAGCGAGUGCAAAAUCCAGUUCUGUAUAGAACGUAUGCAAUUCGAAAGCAGAAAAUGGACGAGGGAAAAGGCAGCAAUGAGCAAUGGCUUUUUCACGGAACUCCAGGCAGUAACUGUCAACUUAUAAAUCAUACAGGUUUCAACAGAAGCUUUCAUGGAAAAAACGCGACCAUGUAUGGAAAUGGAGUUUACUUUGCAUUGGAUGCCUCCUACUCUGCCAGGUCCACGUACUCACCGCCAGAUGCUAACGGAUGGCGAUAUAUGUACUUCACUAGAGUCCUGGCUGGUGAGUACACAGUUGGAAGACAGGGCCUUCUUACGCCUCCUGCAAAGAACCCCAGCGAUCCCACAGACAUCUUUGAUAGCGUGGUGGAUCAGAAUCCUAACCCGCGAAUCUUUGUCGUGUUUUACGACUGGCAAUGUUAUCCCGAGUACCUAAUCACUUUUCAGUGAUGAUACCACUAUCAGUAAAAUGCUCUUGCUUGAAAAUUUAAAAAACUUUAGACAUUGGAGGGAGUGCGUCACUGUACUUCUCCAACAGCAUUUUGUUGUAACCAUUUUGCAGACAGUUAUUUUUAAUCUGUGUUUCCAGACAGACAUACCUAAACUUAGAUUUAGGGUGCAAUAAGAAACAACCAAACAUUAAAUAAAUUACUUAAACUUGGCAACGGCCAAUGAUUAAUAUAGUCAUGGGAACGCCUACACUAGACCUAUAUAGAGGUGGGGUUCAAAAAAAGUGUUUGGUAUUUUAGGUUUUAUUCAAAUACGCAUAGGCGUACGCGG